UGCUCUUCCCGGCACUCCGGGUUACAUUCCUCCGGAGCGCCCGCUCAGGCCGGUUGUGACAUAGCCCUAAAACUUUAAGAGGAAUUUCUGCCGCGGGCUGGAAGAUUGAAGCGCUUCGGCUGCGAGGAGAGACAGCCCCGCAGCCCCUUCCAGGCUCUCUCGGCUCUCCCCGGGGCCAAGGGGUGCCCCCCCACCCCGGUUCGGACCGGACCCUCUCGGCCGCCCCGACCUCCCCCCGUACCAUGGCAGCGCUGCCCGGGACGGUGCCGCGGAUGAUGCGCCCGGCUCCGGGGCAAAACUACCCUCGCACCGGCUUCCCUCUGGAAGUUUCCACCCCGCUGGGCCAGGGAAGGGUGAACCAGCUCGGAGGGGUUUUUAUCAACGGUCGCCCGCUCCCCAACCAUAUCCGGCACAAAAUCGUGGAGAUGGCUCACCACGGGAUCCGGCCCUGCGUCAUCUCCCGCCAGCUGCGGGUCUCCCACGGCUGCGUCUCCAAAAUCCUCUGUAGGUACCAGGAGACGGGCUCCAUCCGGCCCGGAGCCAUCGGAGGCAGCAAGCCCAGGCAGGUCGCGACUCCCGACGUGGAGAAGAAAAUCGAGGAAUACAAACGGGAAAACCCGGGGAUGUUUAGCUGGGAGAUCCGGGACAGGCUCCUGAAGGACGGGCACUGCGACCGGAGCACUGUGCCCUCAGUGAGUUCGAUUAGCCGGGUGCUACGCAUCAAAUUCGGGAAGAAAGAGGAAGAGGAGGACUGUGACAAGAAGGAGGAGGACGGGGAGAAGAAGGCCAAGCACAGCAUCGACGGAAUCCUGGGCGACAAAGGUAACAGACUGGACGAAGGCUCUGACGUGGAAUCCGAACCAGACCUGCCCUUGAAGCGCAAGCAGCGGCGCAAUGGGGGAAGCACCGUGCACAGACCCCAGCCCCUGCCUCCCUCCACCAUGCACCAGGGGGGCCUCGCAGCCGCCGCUGCCGCCGACACCGGCUCAGCCUACGGGGCCCGGCACAGCUUCUCCAGCUACUCCGACAGCUUCAUGAACGCUGCAGCCCCUGCCAACCACAUGAACCCUGUCAGCAACGGCCUCUCUCCACAGGUGUGGUUCAGCAACCGCAGGGCGAGAUGGCGCAAGCAGGCGGGAGCGAACCAGCUGGCGGCCUUCAACCACCUGCUGCCCGGGGGAUUCCCACCCACAGGAAUGCCCACACUGCCCCCCUACCAGCUGCCGGACUCCACCUACCCGACAACCACCAUCUCCCAAGAUGGGGGAAGCACCGUGCACAGACCCCAGCCCCUGCCUCCCUCCACCAUGCACCAGGGGGGCCUCGCAGCCGCCGCCGCCGCCGACACCGGCUCAGCCUACGGGGCCCGGCACAGCUUCUCCAGCUACUCCGACAGCUUCAUGAACGCUGCAGCCCCUGCCAACCACAUGAACCCUGUCAGCAACGGCCUCUCUCCACAGGUGAUGAGCAUCCUGAGCAAUCCCAGCGGGGUCCCUCCCCAGCCCCAGGCUGACUUCUCCAUCUCUCCCCUUCACGGUGGCCUGGACACCACCAACUCCAUCUCUGCCAGCUGCAGCCAGCGGAGUGACUCCAUCAAGUCCGUGGACAGCCUCCCAACUUCCCAGUCCUACUGCCCUCCCACCUACAGCACCACCAGUUACAGUGUGGACCCAGUGGCUGGAUACCAGUACGGACAGUACGGACAAACUGCUGUUGAUUACUUGGCCAAGAACGUGAGUCUGUCGACACAGCGCAGGAUGAAGCUGGGAGAACAUUCCGCUGUCCUGGGUCUCCUACCAGUAGAGACAGGCCAAGCUUACUGAAGAGUCCAACUGUGCCAACAACCUGCUCCAGCAACUUGGAACCACUGGAGAAAACACCACCAGCCUUCCAGGGAUCUGCCCCUACCCAGACCCUCCUCCUUCCCAAUUCCCUUCCACCUCCACCAACUUGAGCUGCAAAGGAGACGGGAAAGAGUGGGAGGGCUCUCCAAGUAUCCAGCCCCUCCAGAGCACUCCAGAGGCACCUGUGGCCUCUGUGACCUGACUCCUCCUGUGGCCAGAGACAGCGGGUUGGGUGCAUUUAUUAAUCCCGAGUUCAUGCCCUCCCUCUACUAAACUACCUGGCCAUGGCAUUUUGCCCACACUUAAGGACUUUCCAUUGAUCUAGGUAGUUGGCAUAGUCAAAGCCAAAUCAAUCUUUUUUUUUUUUUUUUCUUUUUCUGUAAAGAGCAGAGAAAUGUUCCAUUUUGGUUUUUCUUUUUCUUCUUUCCAUUGCUGUAAAUUUGGUGAAUGUAUAGGAAGGAAUAACCAAGCUGAUCAUUAAGGGUGAUAUAAAUCAGGACCACAGAAGAUCUAGGGACCAAAUAUAAGAACUUGUUCAAAAACAAAAAGAACAAACCACAAAGAUGAACAAACCCAGAGAAACAUAUAUUGAAGUAACAGCAAAUUUCCCCACCCCACUCUACCCUCUGUUCUCACUGGUGGCCUCCCAAAGCAGGGCCAGAUUGCUGCUAAGCAGGGGCAGGAUGGAAAUCCAUCCAGCCUGGGACCUUUGGAAAAUGUAAAUUGCUGCAUGAGGGCUGGAGAUGAUGGGCACAGGCACGAGCAACAUUUACUUUUCCUUUUAUGGACCAAUUUAGACCUGAUUGUCACUGAAAGGACACGAGCGCCAGGGAGCAGCAGGAGAUGUGAUAGCACAGAGGGUACACCCAAUGGCACAGGAGCUGUUGCUCAUCCAGCUGAGAAGGGUGAGGGCUGUUGGUGGCCCUUCCUUCUCUCAGCAGGGGAGAAGUUGGCCCUGAGAGCAAAGACAAGUAAGGGCAGAACCAGAGGUGUUGGUGAGCUCAGUGUGCAAAGCUAGGCUCUUCUACAGGGGUCACCUGAAAGGAAAUGGUGCUUGGUCUGCAGGUGCUUUGCUGCAUCUCUCACUGA